AUGGCGGAGCCGCCGAGUCCCCUGCGAGGCGCAGUGGUGGCGCCGCCGGAGCUCGUGGCGGCAGAGGCGUUGCAGCCGCCCGCCAGGCGCGCGAGGGGGGCCGAGGAGCGGGGCCUCAAGGGCCCGAAGCGCGUCAACGGCGAGGGAGGCGAGAGCGGCAGGCGGCAGCCCCCCCACGGCGGCCCGGCCCUCUGGAGCUUCGCGGCCUUUUCCUCGGCGGCGCCCGCGGGCGGCACCAGCAGCAGCAGCAGCGCCGCCUUGGUUUUCCCGCCUCCGCUGCCCCACGAGCUGCUCCUGCCCGCGCCCGCCCACUCCCACCGCUGCCGGAGCAGGAGCAGGAGCAGGCGGCCCAAGGGGAGGCGCGACAGGGACAAGAAGAAGCUCGCGGCGGCGGCGGAGGAGAACGGCGAGGUGAAGCGGCUGCUGCAGCAGCACCGGUGCCGCCAGGAGGAUCAAAUUGCCAGAGAUAAAGUUACAGAAAGGGACAAGGAAAAGCAAAAAGAAAAGAAGAAACACAGAUUAAUAUCUGAAAUAAAGAAAGAGAAUGGAGAGAUGAAAUUAUUUCAGAAAGGUAUGAAGGAGAAACCAAAAAGCAGUGCAGAAGACCUACAGAUUAAAAAAGUGAAGAAGAAAAAGAAAAAGAAACACAAAGAAUGUGAGAAAAGGAAGCGUCCAAAAAUGUAUAGCAAAUCCAUUCAGACCAUCUGUGCAGGAUUGCUUUCUGAAGUUGAAGAUCAAGACUCCAAAUACAUUGUUGAUAAUCAUCUUAAGGAUUUCAAUGGAAAAAAUAUGGAUCCCAAGAAGGACUCUGAUUGCAAGAUACCAGAGAACAGUGAGUUUCCAUUUGUCUCGUUAAAGGAGCCACGGGUUCAGAAUACAGUCAAAAGGUUGGACACAUUGGAGUUCAAACAGUUCAUUCAUGUUGAGCACCAGCCUAAUGGAGGUGCUUCAGUUAUCCAUGCCUACAGUAAUGAACUCUCCCACUUGUCUCCUGUGGAGAUGGAGAGAUUUGCAGAAGAGUUUGUGGGUCUGGUUUUUAGUGAAAAUGAAAACUGCGCAGCUUACUAUGUAAUGGGUAUUGUUCAUGGGGCAGCUACUUACUUACCUGACUUUUUAGACUACUUUUCGAUUAAUUUUCCCAAUUCACCAGUGAAAAUGGAGAUUUUGGGAAAGAAAGAUAUAGAGACAACAACUAUGUCAAAUUUUCAUGCUCAGGUAAAAAGAACAUAUUCCCAUGGUACAUAUAGAGCUGGCCCAAUGAGACAAAUCAGUUUGGUUGGAGCAGUGGAUGAGGAAGUAGGGGACUACUUUCCAGAGUUCCUUGAUAAACUGGAAAAUUCACCUUUCCUAAAAUGUACUUUGCCAUGGGGGACACUUUCUAGUCUGAAACUAGAGAGUCGUAAAGAUAGUGAUGAUGGUCCCAUCAUGUGGGUGCGUCCAGGAGAACAGAUGAUACCUGUGGCAGACAUGCCAAAGUCACCUUUCAAAAGGAAAAGAACUACCAAUGAAAUAAAAAACCUGCAGUACCUACCUCGUACCAGUGAACCUCGUGAAAUGCUCUUUGAAGACAGGACACGAGCCCAUGCAGAUCACAUAGGACAAGGAUUUGAACGACAGACAACAGCUGCUGUAGGAGUCUUGAAGGCAGUGCAUUGUGGAGAGUGGAUGGAACAACCUCGAAUAACCAAAGACGUAAUCUGUUUUCACGCAGAGGAUUUCUUAGAGGUAGUUCAACGAAUGCAGUUAGACUUGCAUGAACCUCCACUCUCGCAGUGUGUCCAAUGGGUGGAUGAUGCAAAACUUAACCAAUUACGAAGGGAAGGCAUUAGGUAUGCCAGAAUACAGUUGUAUGAUAAUGAUAUUUAUUUUAUUCCAAGGAAUGUUGUGCAUCAGUUUAAGACAGUUUCAGCUGUGUGCAGUUUGGCUUGGCAUGUUCGGCUCAAGCUAUACCACACAGAGGGAGAACAUAAAACCAUCCACGAGAAAGGCCCACCAACAGAGCCCACAUCAUCCAUGCUGGAACUUCAAACUGAUAGCGUAAUCCAUGCAGAAAACAAAAAUUCCUCCGAAGACAGCAAAUUUUUAGGCAAUCUGCACUCUAAAUAUUUAAAACAAGAAUUUUUAUGCACACAUUCUGAACCUGCUACAUCUCACUGGAUUAAAGAGCAACCAAUUAAAGUUAAUCUUCCUGAAAAGACAAUGGCCCCAAAUGUCAUGGUAUAUCAGAAUGUUAAUGCAGAGCUGGGUCGUGUUCAGUCUGAAACUGACUCAGAAUUUGAAUCUGAUGACAAAGACUUGCAGGACAGCUUGAGCCUAAAAGGUCACAUGAACCUGGAGGACACACGACAGAGCAGUCUGCACGGCAAGAGAGAAGAUGACUUUUUGUGUUGAAAUUGUAUAUACAUUUGUAAAUUGCUUUUAAAACCUAAUGAUACAAUAAUGUAAAGAUGCUUAAAUUCUGUGAGGUAAGUUUGUUACUUGCCCUCACAUCUGUUACAGAAAAUAGUUUAUGUAGCUUUGUAACAUUCCUCAGUGCCUGUCCAUAACUGUGAAAGUAUCAAAGCACUUAGGGCCAGAUGCACUGUAAACACUGCAGGUGUAACAUAAAGAAAUCUUUAAAUAUGAGUUGUAGGUUUUAGAGUAGAGCUGACAUUUAACAUAUAUUUUUUGUAUAAUGAGCCAGAAUUCUUUUUGACAAUUCCAGGCUUUUCCAUAGAGCUUAUUUAUACCAAUUUUUUUUCUUUUUAAUGUGUCAGCAAUGUAGUGUAAAUAGCUUUUUUUUUUUUUUAAAGGAUCUUUUUAGUGUGAUUUAUAUUGAAAUGUGAGCCACUUAAUAAAGGUUCAUAAUAACAAUAA